AUUCAGGCAGCUCGUGCGCAUGAUUGGAUAGAGAAACAAAGCGAUUCCUUCGACACCGUUACUGUGACAUACAGUAAACAUCCAGAACGCAUCUUGAUGGGAGGCACCUGGCAGUCCCCCCUCUCUCCUCCUCCUCCUCAUCCUCCUCUUCCUCUCCUCUUCCUCCUCCUGCUGCUUCUUCUCUUGGCAAGGAUGACUCAGCAGUCACAACAUCAACAGGAGGAUCUCUCUUGUCUGAACGACUUCUUGGGAAAUAUCAGCUGUGUGUGGAACUGUUCAAACAAAUCAGAGAUAGCCAAAGAUCAGUGCUUCCUCUGGGCCAAAUUUGUAACCAGAAGAUUAAACGAAAAUGCCUUGUGUGAAUUGAUGUCUCUGGGUCAAGAUCAUUGCUACAAAGGAUGCCAUCUUCAAUUCGACAACAAGAGGUACAGUGUUACACACAAAGCAUCCCUUGACGUUAAGUGUAAAGGCGAAGUUGUGGAAUCUUCCUUGUACCUUUUUUUUAAGCACAUCAAGCUGCAGCCUCCUGACAUGCCGAGUGUUGCCCAGGGGAACUUAUCAUGGACAGCUGGUGCCGAAAGACCCAUGUUAAUAUACAAAUACAUCUAUGAGCGACAGUUCAAGAGGGAAGACGAGCCAUGGGAGGCUGCCCGGGUCCGGAACCACACGCAGCCAGAGGAGAAGCUGGGGCCCUUGCUGCUCCUGGGGGUGAGCUACCAGGCCAGGGUGAGGGUGAGGCCCAUGGCGACUGCCGAAAAGAACUCCUACCAGAGCACAUGGAGUGACUGGGGUCCGGUACUCACCUGGACAUCUGACGUGGGAGAUCCGCCACCAGCCCCACCUCUCCAACAUCUGCCUAUCCCGGUCAAGAAAAUUAGCCUACUGUGUGGGGGACUCUGUUUGGUUGUAGCGAUGACACUGUGUUGCAGCAAAAAAGUCCGCACGUUGAGCCGCUGCAACAGGUUCAAGAUGAAGAGCCAGCACGUCCCAGACCCGUCCAGAUACUUCCAGCCACUCCACGCCGUUCACGGAGGGGACUUCCAGAGGUGGCUGAGCCCCAUGUUUGGCCCCGAGUCUUUUGCUGCCACCCAGCCCGCAGACAGCAUCUCCCCUGUGGAGGUGGCACCGAUGCUGUACACCGAGCCCUACCUGGCCCCGGGCACCUUUAUGCCCAUGCAGGGCAAGAGUGGCGAGGCCUGGACAGGCAGUGGUCAGUCCUCUUGCUACUCCAACAUGGGUUACUUCUACACCGAGUCCCGGCCCGGCCAUAGGCAGAUCGAGUCCUGCCCGAUCUACUUCACGUACCCGCCCGAGGCUGGCGGGAACGCGCCCAAAGCUGACACGUCCGGGACCUCCGGGACCUCCGGGACAUCCGGGACCUCGUACGAGCGACUGCAGCAGAUUCCGCAGUUCCGUUUCGCGGGAGCUCCAGACCUCCACAAUCCCCAGGGGGAACCGCUGAGUCCAGAUUCGGGAUUUGGGGUGGAGGUGAGUGAGGGAGGGGGGAUGAAGGAGGAGGAGGAGGAGGAGGAAGAGGAGGAGGAGGAGGAGUUGAAGAGGCAGAAAGAGGAGCACAGCUUCGCUGUGCGUCUCCAAAGCUUAGGAAUUCCCAUUCCCAUUGAGGCCUCUUUAAGCUUCCCUAUAAGACCCCCUGAGCUGAUGUCAACCAUCAUGGAGUGUGAAGAUACUGCUCCUGUAACAACGUGCAUUUACACCCCUUCACCACUAGAGGCCAGCCUGGCCAGAUCAGCCUCUAUGAUAAUCCAGCCUUGUGGCAGUGGGUAUCUGACAGUAAAAGAAAUGCAAAAUACCUGUAGCAACAAGUCCAUCUAGGAGCAUUACAUCACAGGCUUUGAGCCAGCAAUGCCAUUACAUGCGUCGGAACAUUGUCUUUAGCUACUUAGUGCUAAGGAAUGCUUCCUUGGAGUAAUUGAUUUGCAUUAACAUAUUAGACCUCUGAGGUCCGUAUAAGGAGAUCCGGUAUCUUAUGAUUUUUCCUAUGGGAUAAUAGCGUGGGGAUUUUUAAUUAUUAACGCUGUUAAACUGUUGUUAACGCUGUUAAACGAAGAAGUCUGAAAUACUGAAGUUUUGCUCUACACACUUUUUUCCGUUUGUCUUGAAGUGGAUGCUAACUUGCUGUGCAACUUGCCAUAGGCAAUUAGCUUCAAUUAACACCCGGAUCUCCUUAUAGGCAAGGAUGAGCUUUGGGUACAUUUAUGUAAGGGAACUUCAGAGGUCUUAGCUUUGUGUACAGUAUGUCUUACGAAACACUUACUGUACAUGUAUCACUUUUGCCGCUAUGUACGUACUGGUCUCCUCAUUACAUGGCACGUCACAAUAGAAAGUUAUCAUCCAUGCAUUGACAACAUACAGUAUACUAAAUGUUAUCUGUAACAUUUGCAGUGUUGGGAAGUAACAGAAUACACGUAGCCUAUUCCGGAUUCCGGAUUUAAAUGCAGUUACAAUUUAAAUGGGUGUUACUCUGAAAAGUUACAUCGAUACAUUUAAAAGAUUAUAUUUUAAGUCAUAACAUGUAGGCCAAGGCUUUUCAAACUCAAAGGGAAAAUAUUUGUUUAACCACACCAUGUAGCCAUGUUUAUGUCUCAAAUUGGCUCCUUUGUCUUUCCCUUUCUGUUUAUAGCCUAUUGAUAGCCUACAUGAAAAACCUCUCAGGAAAUUAAGAAUGUAAAAUUAGUUUUGUUUUGUCAGCAUAGGCUAUUAUAGAUUUGUUUUUGCGAAAAGGCAUAACGCCCCUUGUGCUGUUGAAAUUAAUUUGAACAUGUUUGUUUACUUUGUUUGAGAUUUGGUAGCCUUUUAGUCAAUGUGCAGACAAGCACCUCUGUCGUAGGUUCUUUGACACAAGAAUGUUCACAGUGUUAAAUAUCCUCAUUGUAAAUCAGAUUGUGAGUUGUUGUUGACAUUAUGGGCCAACUUCACGUAACCUCACAUGACUGUUUCAUCCACCACUGCUAACACGAUAUGAUGCACUCUUGACGUAAUAUAUUAAGUAUUCAAAAUACAUUACUCGCUUUAAGUAAUCUAUUGGAAAACAGUGCAAAAUACAUUUUAGGGCAUGUAUUCUGUAGUGCAGUGGUUCUCAAACUUUUUUACAAUGAGUACCACCUCAGAGAACAAUUGACUCUACAAGUGCCACCAUCAUGACCAGCAUUAGAAUAUACGGUAGCGUAGGAGUACCACAACAGAGAGUCCGCGCACCACCAGUGGUAUCCGUACCACAGUUUGAGAACCACUGCUGUAGUGGAAUGCAUUUGAAAAGUAACCUUCCCGACACUGAACAUUUGCGCACAUACAGUAUCACCAGCAGAAUUGUUCAGUUUAGCACACUCUACAAAGGCCUGUUUACAUUUCCAGUCAAACAUGGCUUACCUCACUAGAUAUUUACAAUAUUUACUAUAGGCGAUGUCAGUUCUCUUACUAUCGCUUUUCGCCUUGACUUUUCCCUAUAGCUUGUUCACUGACAGGCUGUCACUGUGACAGCCACAUGGCCAAGUCAUGGCUCUGUUAUGUGGCGCUGUUGCACCUAGAGUGAGUUCUAUGAUUGAGUGACAACUGGUUUUCCAGCCUCUCUUGAGAUUUAUGGGUGUUUAGAUACUAGCUGCAGUUUGCAUGCACAUGGUAUUGAAUUAGCACAAUGAUUAUGCUACUAAUUAAAUAAACUUAAGCCUUAACCUGCUUGUGCCUUCAGCCUUUAAGUAUAUUGCCUGUUGUGUAGGUCAGUGGUUCCUUACUGGUCUGGCUUUGGGACCCACAAUAUCCCAUGUUCAUUAAGUCACAACCCAUAUAUUAGUUUUUAGCAAUCAAAGCAAUGGAUACUGACUACUCUAGUACCAUGGGGGUCCCAUAGCACAGCUGAGAUGGCUACUUCUGUAUGUGUGUGUGUGUGUGUGUGUGUGUGUGUGUGCGUAUGUGCUCAAAAUCCAGGGCUGUGAGGCUCUCACAGCACAAAAAAGGAAGCAACUUUUUUUUUGAUGACUUUUUGGGAAAUACCAGGGGGUAAAUUCACCUGAGAGUCACUCUCUCCGGCAGAAUCGAGUUCCUUAUGUAGGGAUUGGGAGUUUAUAGUCAUGUCAACGCACUUGAGAGGUUCUCUCUAUUCAGAAUUGAGCUCCCUUUCUCCUACUUGUGCUUAAUGUGGUCGGUUCAUAGAGAAAGUUCAGAGCUACAUUGCAGAAGUUGGUCUGCCACGAUGGUUAAAGAGGGGUUUAAAGUUCCUUUUACGGAGGUUUGUCUGCCAACAGAGGGAAGUUAAAGGUCCUUCUUACAGAUAUGUUAGGCAAAUAUUAAGCUCUAUUAACGAAUUAGGUACAGUUUACUAAUACAUUUGUAUAUAUAUAUACAAUGUUCCCUAUCCUCACUUGUGUGUUUUACAGAAAAUGAAGGGGGAAAUGUAUGCAUAUUGAUAGAAAUGGAAUGUUGCUCUCCAUAUAAAUUCUGUUUGAUUGGAGAACAAUAUAUGGAGACAUUUCUAGCUAUCACAGCCACCACUCACAACUGUGAGAGGAUCACUUUCAAAACAUGAGCAUACCCAGCAACAAAGAAAAAUAUAGCCGCAAGCGGCGAUGGCGGGCCCGAGCACCUGCGGUGCGGAGACCUGUGAAAUUUCGGAAUCUAACAAAGCAACAUGUGCGUGGUGGUGGGCAUGUGCAUGAGCAACACACAUGCCCACCAAAUUUGGUCAAUUUUCCUGAAUGUAUGUGUCAACCACAACAGACAACACGCUAGGUGGCGUUAUAGAGUCCCUGAACCACACCCUAGGCCAGAGCUCUAUCUGUGACUAUCGAUAGCAAUAACGCACAAGCCCACCAAAUUUGGUUCAUUUUCGUGAAUGAGUGUGUCAAACACAACAGACAAUGCGCUAGGUGGCGCUAUACAGUCUCUAAGACACACUUGGCCAAAGUGCUGUCUCUGAAUAGCUAUAGCAAUAACACACAUGCCCACCAAAUUUGGUUCAUUUUCCUGAAUGUAUGCGUCAACAACAACACACAAUCUGCUAGGUGGCGCUAUAGUCCCUAAGCCACACUCUAGGCCAGAGCUCUGUUUCUGACUAGCAACAGUAAUAACAAACAAGCUCACCAAAUUUGAUUCAUUUUCGUGAAUGUAUGUCAACCACAACAGGUAACACACUAGGUGGCGCUAUAGAGUCCCUAAGCCACACCCUCGGCCAGAGCUCUGUCUCUGAAUAGCUAUAACAAAACACAUGCCCACCA